UUUGAUCCUAAGGUGGUUGCCGCAGAUCACAAGUCUAUUCGUCAAGGUGACUUUAAGCGUCAUGUGAAUAUUGCUCUUGGGAUUCAAGGAGAUGAAUCUCCAAGCACAACGCUGAAAGGGAAGUUAAUUCCAUCUCCUAUACCAGAAGAGAUAAAGAGACUAAAGGCUGGUCUGCGCGAAAACAACGUGAAGGCCAGGGAGCGUGUGAAAAUUUUCAAUGAAGCUUCUUCUGUAUUUAACAAGUUUUUUCCGAGUGUACCUACAAAGAAAAGGUCUCGACCAGAAGGUUUUUCUAAUGACCGCUCUGGUGAUCGCUUGGCUUUAGGGCCAGGUAUGGUCAAAAUGGGAAUUCAAGGUCAGACUCUGCCUGGUUGUUUUGAGCUUGACCAGCAGAAGCUGGAAGAACGACCUAAAAGUGGUGCGUUGAAUAAGCGGACACGUACUUCCAUGAUGGAUGUUCGAAGUAACGCUAUUGUUCGACAAUCAGCUGCUGUAGACAGGAUUGGUAUUGAUGGUUGGGAAAAGACGAAAAUGAAGAAAAAACGAUCUGGCAUCAAAACAGAUGGUCCUUCUAGUUUGGCUUCAAAUAAAGCUGUUGAUGGUUACAGGGACUUGAAACAGGGCAUACCAAAAUCAGCUGGUGAUGCCCGAUCGAGAUUGAAUGGUGACUCAAACAUGUUAAGACAUGGGGCAGUGAAUGGUGCUGUUCCAUAUGGGAGAUCUGAUAACCUCUCUCAGCAGACAGGCUUGGCAGCGCGUUCCUUGCUCUCCAGGGAUUCCGAUCACAAUUCAUUGUACAAUGAGAAGAGGGAACGAGCUGCUGGUUUAGAUAAGGAAAGGGUGAAUCUCAGGGCUGUCAGCAAGUCCAAUAUUCAUGAUGAAUCCAAUUCUUCAAGUCCGACUUCAAACCCAAAAAUGAGUGCUUCAGUACGUGGUCCAAGAUCAGGUUCAGGACUGCCGCCAAAACUUUCUCCGGUUGUCCAUAACACUCCCUCUCCAAGUGAUUGGGAUAUUUCUGGAUGUACAAACAAACCUCCAUUGUUGUCUGGGGUUCCCAGUCGCAAGCGCAUGACAUCAAAUCGGUCUUCAUCACCACCUGUCACUCAAUGGGCCAGUCAAAGACCACAAAAGAUAUCCCGAGUUGCAAGGAGAACGAACUUGGUCCCCAUUGUUUCAAGCAAUGAUGACAUUCCUUCAUCAGAUAACAUGUCAGAUGUUGGUGGUAGUGAAACAAGUUUUGGAUUUUAUAGGCGCUCGCCUGCGGCUUCUCCACAAAUGAAAUUAAAAGGUGAAAAUAGCUUGUCUACAACAGCUUUAUCAGGAAGUGAAGAAUUUAGCCCCCCUGAGAUCAAAUCUAAAGACAAGGGAAAGCAAUCUGAUGAGGUCAAUGGGAAAACUUCUCAGAAUGUUCCUAAAGUCUCCAUCCCUGGUUUACAAUCGAGAAAAAACAAGCUUGUCUCUGGAGAAGAGCUUGGGGAUGGUGUGAGGAGACAAGGAAGGACAGGCCGUGGCUUUGCUUCAACAAGGUCUGUCAACCCAAUGGGAGUGAUGAAACAUGGAACAGCAAAACAACUUCGCAGCGCAAGAAAUAGUUCUGACAAGAAUGAAAGCAGGGCAGGUCGUCCACCCACUAGGAAACUCUCUGACCGCAAGGCAUACAAACGUCAGAAAAAUACAGCGACAAAUGCUACAACACUAGAUUUUCUUGAUGAUGGGCAUGAGGAGCUACUAGCUGCUGUUAACUCGGCUAUAAACUUUGCUCAGAAUUUUCCAAGCUCGUUCUGGAAGCAAAUGGAGCGCUACUUUUGCUUUAUAUCUGAUGCACAAAUCAAUUUCGUGAAACAGCAGGGCGAACUCUCCCCCAUGGGUACCACACCUGGUGGGACAUCUUCAGAGUUUGAUAAUCGUGAAAUAUUUGCUGAGGAACUUGCAUCUAGCAACGUAGAUUCUAAAGCAGCCCCCCUUUAUCAUAGAUUGCUAUCAGCUCUAAUCUCAGAGGACUCAACCAAUGUGAAUGAAGAUUUACAGUUUGAUGGAUUUGAAGCCGAUGUUGAGUCAGAAUUCAGUGUUUUGAAUCAUAUGGUGGAGUUCAAUGGUUAUAGGAGUGAUAGACUGGAAUUUGAUGAGCUAGAAGAUGAUGUGUCUGUUAUCCCACUCAAGGGUGUUAAUAGCUCAAGCCACCAUGUGAAUGGAAGAUUUUCAGAUCAUUUUUCCAUGGACUUCUCAGACAUUCAAUAUGAAAAUUUGGGGAUAGAUGAGAAAAUUUAUAUGGAAGCUCAAUCUAUUGGAAUUUGCUUGGAUCCUAUGCCUAGUAUUUCAAACGUGGAGGAUGAAGGAAUUGUUGAUGACAUCAAAACGUUAGAAGUGGCUAUCUGUGAGGUGGGUUCUAAGAAGAAAGAGAUGUUGAAUCGGCUACUAAAGCCUAAACUCAUUGAAAUGGCAUAUGAAAAGAGCAAGGCAAGUCGGCGUCACCACUCCGCAAGUGUAAAGAGUUCGGCUAACAAGAUAUCAAAGCAGGCCGCAUUUGCUUUUGUGAAAAGGACGCUUGAAAGAUGUCGUCAAUUCGAAGAGACAGGCAAAAGUUGCUUUAGUGAGUCCACGUUUAAGAAUAUCAUCAUUGCCGGGUUGACACAACUUGAAGAUAAUUCCACGGACAAGGAAGAUAUCCUAUCAGCUACGACACCCAUGGGAUCGCAACCAAGCUCAUCACUGGUAUUGCCAAUGACGCAGAGCACGGAGAAUCAUGCCAAUUCUUCUGAAAAUGCCUUAUGGGAAGGCAAAGAUGAAACUAUGUGGUCAAAUAGAAUGAAGAAGAGGGAAUUGCUGCUUGAUGAUGUGGGUGGGGCACCACUUUCAAGCAGUACGAAAGGAAAGAGAAGUGAGAGGGACAGAGAUGGAAAAGGGCAGGCUUCUUCGUCAAGAGGCGGGGGCACUAACAAGAUCGGUCGGCCUGCACUUGUAAAUGCCAAGGGUGAACGGAAAUCAAAAACAAAACCGAGGCAGAAAACAACAGCGAUAUUUUCUUCUUCUGUCAGUAUCGUGGAGCAAACCAGAACAUCAUUGCCCAAACCAACUAACAGCAACAACAGCGGGUAUAGUAACUUGGAGACACUGGAUGAGUCAGAGCCUCUUGACCUAUCUCACCUGCAGAUACCAGACGGUUUAGGUGGUCCAGAUGAUUUUGAUACACAAGCUGGAGAUCUAAGCUCAUGGUUGAACAUCGAUGACGAUGCAUUACCAGAUACUGAUGAUCUCCUUGGACUUCAAAUACCCAUGGAUGAUCUUUCAGACUUAAACAUGAUGGUAUAAGCUCCCUCUCUUUUAUUUCUGUAUAGUCUCGUUUGUUAUACCAUUAGCGAUAAAGAAAGAUAAAAGGCAAAGGGUAAAAAAGUUUUGGUCCCCUGAAAGAAUAACCCAAGUCACCAGAAUCGGUUAUUCGGGUUGGCUACACAGCAAACUAGGCAAUAUAGAUUCUGAUUCUUUUUCUUCAUCAUCUUCAUCUUUAGGGUUCUUUCUUUGUCUUUCUUAUAGUUCGAAUUAAGAGGGGUGGUGAAACUGUUUUUGUUUAUUGGUAACUGGGUGUUGGAUUUGGCUCCGGCUGUUAAGAUAGGUCCGGUAGUUAAAAACUUCAGGUGAGGAAAACGAGUGUAGUGAUAUAUAGUUAAGUUGGCAGGUCUUCUUUCUCUUCUUCGUCUAUUUUAAUCCUUUGGCAUUUUGUAGCUUUUUUUUAUAACCUCAGAACCGUUAUUAUUGCCUCUGUACAUACACAUUUUAUGUUCCUUAAUAAAAAUUUCAGCUUUUAGUGCAA